AAUGAUUUGUCUCACCCAUGUAAACUGAUACAUUCUGCUGAAGAGCUGGUGCUUUUAAAAAACAAUAUACUUGCUGGCUGGAUCACCAGAUAAAAAGAGAAGAAAGAAAGUCGAAAAAAGGACACUGAUACAGCAAUCUCAUUGAAUAAUUGGUGGUCCUAUAUUUCUGUGUCACCGAAGAUCCAGAAUGCAGAUUUCGCAGUGUGUUCUUGGAAGUUUGCUGUUGAAUAUAUUUUAUCUGAUUCAGCUGAAUGGAGCUGCAGAGAAAAAAUGGAAGGGGCGAGGUACCACCCCCAACCUAGAAGAUAUUAUUAUUGGCCGGUGUUCUGAUUACAUUGCAAUAGUGAAUCCUUCUGUGGGUGAUAAAAACUGCUCUGCUAUAUGGGCCGCUUUUAAGAGUGCCUUUGCCAGCAAGGAUCCCUGUUCUAUCAUUCCAUCUGAUUAUGAGCUCUUUAUCAACAUGACACACCAUGAUAUCCCAACAGAUAAGUCACUUUUCUGGGAAAACAACAAAGGCUUGGUGAACAAAUACACAGACAAGACCAAGCGGUACAUGGGCCUUGGUGACACGCUAAGUGGAUGGGUGGCAGAUGAUCUCAGCUUCUGUGGAUCACUCACUGGGACAGGGAUUGACUACGUCUCCUGUCCCACUACAGCAGAAUGUGAGCACAAUGCAGAGGAGUCCUUCUGGAGAAUCGCUUCUGUAGCUUAUGCCAGAGGAAGCUCUGGGGAAAUCCAGAUCCUGCUCAAUGGAUCCACACCAGGAGGUGCUUUCCCUGUGCCCAGCUUUUUAUCAGAAUAUGAAAUUCCCAAUUUUCAAGAUGACAAGGUAACCAAAAUGAACAUCUGGGUGAUGGAUGACAUUGGCGGAGUUGAUGUAGACUCGUGUGGAAAGAACAGUACAGCGAUACUGGAGUCUAUUUUAAUGUCAAGACAUUUUCCAUACAAGUGUGUCGACAAUUACAGACCAGUCAGGAUUUUGCAGUGUGUGGACUUCCCUGAUCACCCGGAUUGUACAACAAAUAGGAGCAUGUUUACCGCCUCAUCGUGGAUGAUGAUGACUCUCUCUUUUAUCACCUUAAUUUUCAAUCAUGUCGAUAUUUUUUGUCAUUAAAAAUUCUUCUUCUUCAGCCAAUAAUAAAGCUUCCAGUAAUAAAACUGUUA